AUGAAAUUACCGACAAUUUUCACCCUCAUCGCCCUUCUUGUAACUGUGGUCCUGGCAUGGGAAAAGGAAGAUCACGAAAUUUUCGACCUUGUUAGCGCGGUGGAGGGAUCUGAGGGGAAAGGAACCACAUUUUACUCGUGGCUAGAUGUACCAUCCACUGCGUCCACUACGGAAAUCGCAAAAGCCUACAGGAAACUGAGCAUGCAACUUCACCCUGACAAAAAUCUCGGGAAGAAUGUUCACGAACGUUUUGCUCGCCUAGGGGUUGUGGCCACUAUCCUUAGGAAUCCGGAAUCCCGCAAACGAUACGAUUUCUUCUACAAAAAUGGUGUACCGAAAUGGAGAGGAACAGGCUACUACUAUUCUCGCUUCCGUCCUGGGCUAGGGACAGUUGCAGUGUUCCUGAUUUUACUCACUUCAAGCUUACAAUACGUGGUACAACGUAUGACCUAUAAACGCGACUUGAAACGAAUAGAAUUCGUCGCGAGAGAAGCUAGAUUAGCCGCUUGGGGUACGAAGUUGGUCCCCAUAGAAGGACAACGAAAGGUUAAAGUAAACCUAGGGGGUACAGAACGCUAUGAUGAAGAUGGCUAUCGUGUCCCCGGACGGAUGAUUGAUAUGGUAGUCUCGGGAGAUGCAGUCUACAUCCUGGAUGAAUCGGGCGACAUGCAUCCAGUAGACUCUUCAACUGCAAUAGCCCCCGCCGUGUCCCGCACUUGGUUCAUAGCAUUGCUUCGUUCGUCGGUAGAGAUCCUAGCUGGUAAGCUCAAGAAAGGCGACAAUGCGGUUCCUGCAGCUGUGUCCGAGUCGGAGUACGACGAAGGCUACGAUUCCUCGGCUGCUUCUGAUAGUCCUGGCAGUGGGACGGUCACCCCCAAUGGCACCAGGCAAGCUGCAGUCAAGGCAGGUGGCAGAAGGCGCAAAGCUGUUAAAAGGCGUUAA